CUUUUGAACAACAAUAGCUUUAUGUCUUAAAAAUAGCAUGUAGUUGAUCAUCAAUAUCUCUUGCUAAUCUUCCUAUAAAGUUUCUAAAUCAAUUUGUACCCCUUUCCUCAAAAUAUUUUGGUAUACAUUUUCUUCCGGUUGCAUAUAGAGCUGCAAAACUCAAGUUUGAGACCUUGUGGACAAAAACUCGAAACUCUUUGGGUUGGAGCCAGCACAACACAUCGUGUUGGUUUCAUUUUCUUCGAAUCAAUUCGUUGAGAAAACUUGGGAUUUCUCUUCAAUAUGGCGCGAACUAAAGUUCCUCCUAUUGCGACUCAAGAUUCUACUUCUCAUAUUGAGAAAGGAGUUGGUUCUUCCGAGUCUCAAGAAACUUCAUCUAGUUCUUUUACAUCAUUUUCUUCAACCCCAACAUGCCCCAAUUGCAGUAACACAUUUGCAGAACUAUCAGAUAUGGACUUUCGUAGUCACGUGGCUGCAUGCAGUCGACCAUCCACAGCGGAAUCAGUAGGAACUAUUACUACAUCAGGUAGUUCUCUAUCACCACCUCCUACUUCACUUGAGAAUGCAUAUGCUUCAGCAAAAUAUUUAUCCAAUAAGGAUGGGGCGAGACCGGAUUUGCAUUUCGACUACAAUGCAGCUCAAGAGCCUGCUAUUGCCAUCGCUGACGCUGACGCCGACGAAGAAGAUUUCGAUCCAGAAGAUCAUGAUCGGAUUCAACCAUAUAUCGAUCCAAAUUCUGAAUUCGACUACUAUGAUCAAGCCGAAGGCCAUGAAGAACAUGAUGUAGAUAUUAAUGAUCCAGAUAUUGGUCUCAAGUUCAAAUAUCCCAAGCUUUCCCCGGUGGAGCACUUCGAAAAAUACCUUAAGAAUCCUAGCGAAAUGCCAUAUGAUGAACUGUACAAAAGAGCUGCGAUUGUGAGCACAACUGUUUUAGCUGCCUGGCAAAGGGAAUUUGAUGCAAUUGAUGAGGAAAUCUACGCAUAUGAAUCCCAGGAGAAAGAACGACUUCAAUCCGAAAAAGAGGCCGAGAAAGCUUUAGAAGAGGCGGACAGACUUGCCGAGCAAUUGGACAGAGACGACCUGGUGGCUACUGCAAAACAUUACGCAGUGGAAUUGAAAUCAAAAACUCCGGAAUGGACAGCUUUCAUCAAUCAGUAUCAUCAAGAUGAUGAAUUUCGUCUACGUCUUGAAAGUCUUCGGGACCCACAAUUCAGAGCCAAACUUCAAAGACAAGCUUUCGUUAGAGAACAAGAGAAGCAAAAGCUUAAGCAAAAGGAACUUAAAGAGUCAAAUAAGCUAAAACUUCUCAACGAGCCACUACCUGAGAUUAAAUUGACUAAAGAAGAGAUAGAAGCGGAGAAAAGAAAAGCAGGACGUCUAAUAGAUCCCACAAAGUGGGAUGAUAUGAAGCAAGCAGAGGUAUACGGCUUUGAAUAUUCUUCCCAUCCAAAACAUGUUGGUGCGCAACCAAUUCCAUCGGCCUCUAGAAAGCGUGGUGUGGGUGAAAUAGAUAUGAGUGAAGGUAGAAGUGGUCGAGCUCAGCGAAUGGCUACGAGGAAAAUGUACGAUCAAAGUACACCAGAGGAUGAAUCGGACGGCUUACCAGCAAAACGACAACGCAAGGUUCGAGUUCUUGAUGAUGCUAUUGGAGAGUUAUCUAAGUCUCCUCGAAAACAAAGCCGAAGUCAAACCCCCAUCAGAAGAACUUUUCCAUCGGGAAAGCCCAUUGGAAGGCCACCAAAAUCUCUGUCAAAGCUUAAGGAUGUUCAGCUUGCAUCUGGCGAAGAUGAAACGAUACUUGAAGAUGAAUCUAUUAAGGACGAAGAUAUUUCUCGACAUCUCCUACCAGCCGAACAAGAGCAACUACAGCAAUCGGCCGAAUUACUUGUCAAUCAAAUCGCCGAAGAAUUGCCUGUUGAACCGGUUGUAAAAAAGAAGCAUGCAGGUGGUAGGCCACGGAAGCAUCCGCUUCCCGUUCCUGCUCCUGUGGCUGUUGUUGACGUUAUAAACCCCGCAGAACAAAUUACUACAGCAGUAUCCGAGACCCCUGCGGCAAUCGUACCUCCUAUCAAGCCAAAGGCUAAAGUUAUCAAACCAAAGAAGCAACCAGCCAAGUCAGCCAAAUCCGGUGGUCGGGUCAAGAAGGAAGCUAAUGUCGAACCAAGUGCUGAAACUGAGGAAGAAAAUGCAAUAUUGCCGACAACCGAGCACGAUGACGACUCGGAUUCAGAAGCAACUGAGGCAAUCAACUCAAGGCGCGACAGCUCAUCAUCGCAGUCAACUAUCUCCUCUUAUGGUAAUCGUCAAAUCAACCGUUCUUCCACCCAUGAGCAGACCCUAACACGUGAACCUCGAACAGCUACUCGAAAUCGUGCAGCAGUAUCUGUCGAAAAGUCAACCUCAAUUCAAGAGUCCCCCAAGAAAGCUGUACGAGGAAAACGUAAUAGUAGAUCGAGCGAAACCCCUGUCGCUAAUUCUCAAUUACUAAAGGCACGGAAGCCGCGUGGAAAACAGGCAACGAUUGAGGAGGAUGAAGAAGUGGACCCGUCACAUGAACCAAUCAUCAAGAAGGAGGCAACUCCGGCCGCACAUCCGAUCAUUUCACCAUCAUCGUCCCGAACUAAGCGCAAGCGAACUGUUGAAGUCAAUUCUGACGCGCCAACAGCUCCGAGUGCUUCCCCUACCAAGAAGGCUCGUAAAGGUCGCCCUGCCAAAUCCUCAUCAGCACCCUCCGAGGGCCCUCUUAUUAUUUCGGCUUCAUCGUCAAAAAUCAAGAUAAACAAGAGGGCUAAAGGACCUCUUGCAAGAAUUCUUCCACCACGUGAACCCAGUACUCGAGCUCGCCGGGCUCCAAAGGCUAUUCGAAAUACUGAUGAUGCCAACGAGGAUGAUGAGGAUGAAGAUGAGUUGCAAAUGCCAGCAACAGAGUAUGAAAGGUAUCAAGCUUUAGCUGAUCCAAGGAGUCCCAUUACAUUGGGAAAGAGGAUUCGAAAAAGCGUUAUUGAUUUAAGAACAGCUAUGGAAGGUGGUGAUGAUGAAGAUGGCGAUGACGAGUUUGAGGGGUGAUUAGGCUCGAAACAUUCCAUCAUUCUCGUCAUGAUGGCCAGUCUCCCGACUGAUAUCAUUGUCCGUGUUUGUGACAUUCAUUUUAUCAUUUCAUCUUCAAGUUUAGCACCUUCACCCAAACCAAUAGCCUUGUAUUACCUUCUAAAACUUGGCAAACCACCGACUACGAUUCUUGCUACCAUUCUCAGCUGCAAAAAGAAACCAUCUUCCUUUUGUAUCGAUGCCAUCGAUCGAAUCUAUAUCAACUAAAAAGGUCCCGAAGCAAUCUUUUCAGGCCCUUUCCAUGACGAACGACUGUUUUAUACAACAACACGCACAUAAAUUGAACGAACCUCACGAGGUGCACCUGUUACAUUUUCUUUGUUUUUGACUUAGCAUCGUGUCUUCAUCCUUGUCCAUAAUUAGUACACGAGAACCAUUGGACAUAUUACACGGCGGCGCUCUUUUUGGGGUCCAGCGCAAAAAUUGGAUUUUACCUUCAAUUUAUAUAAGUGAAAACACGGACGAAUUAAUUGCUUAAUUGUGGUCAUUGUCUUACUGGUACAAUGGCUGGGCGGAAGGGGUAUCUGUAUUUCUUAAUGAAUAUAUGAGCAUGGACUCGGAUAUUGUGCGUGCAUUUAUAUAUGCAUUGGAAGGUUCUCGGGGUUGGGAUAAAUGGGGGCUUUCCCUUUAUACAUAUAUCUUAGGGUCUUGGAGUUUUGGUCCAGCGGCAUUCAAUUAUUUCUCUUCUCUUUUUUUUGUGCAUAGGAUUAUAGGAAUGCAUGGUGUCGGUGUGUAUUUCACGCCUGGAAAUAUAGAGAUUUAGCGUAACAAAAAUGGAAUAAUUGAAAACUCGA